AUUGUCACCCUAUAAACACACCCUUUGCUCAGUAUAGAGACCCUCUCGGCCACGUUCUCUCGUACAAAACACGACUGAAAUAAAUAUUUAGAUAGAUUAGAUGCAACAAAUUUAUAUUUGACAAUAACAUAUCUGUAUUCUGUUAUAAAUAAUUGCAAGCAUAUCAAAUUAUCUGAGCGUUUGAAAAUUACGCUUAGAUAUUACAAAAAUUUUGUUAUUGGUUUUGCAAAAGUCAACUGUGAUAUUUCAGUGAACGGUUUGUGAUGUGAUAAUUUUGUUAUAGAAGAUACGAAGAGACAUUUCUCUUUAUUGAUAAGGAAUGGGAGAAAGGAGGUAGUUGUCAGGCGAGGUGCCGGCGUAUAUGGGCAGUCUACCAGACUUGACGGAGCGCUCGCGUCCGUCGCCGGUCGGACGGACCGCCUCGCGGACGGUGUCCGACCCUCAUCGCCACCGCGCCGUCAUACCUCAGAUUCCAGUGAGCACGAUUUGCAAGAAAGAAUGGCUGUGGAAGAAACCGAAAACACCAUCGAGAGUGGCACAACCGGCUGUCGUCCCUCGGAGGAGGGAUUCCGCGGCAUCUUCCCUCGGUGCAGCAUCUGUUCGGAAGCUCCUUACCAGACAGCCACCGAAAGUGCCCAAACCAAUCGUCAACCGCUUUACUCUCCUCUGUCUAUCAAGCGGACUUUGUGCGACAGCCUUAUUACCUUUCACAGCAUUCGCCGGUGCAGAAGCCGCUGCCAUGCCUCUCGCUCUAAUGCACUCCAUAGCUGCCGUUAUUGCGCCUUUCUCUCCUUUAAUCCUUCAAAAAUUAGGAGCACGAAUUGUUAUAACUAUAGCCCAUAUAUUGGUCUUUAUUCUGAUCACUGCACAUACAGUAGCGACGCCAUUAUCAUGGUACGGUGUCUGUGUGGGUGGGUGGAGCUGUGCUUGGAGAGCCUUGUUCGGUGCAGGCUGUUUACAGGCACUGGCGGCGGCAACGCUGAGCAUGGCGGCUGCACGGGGGCGGCGCGGCGCUCUAGCGGCGGGCGGAGCGGCGGCGCACGCGUCGCUGAUGUUGGCGCUGCUGCGGUGGAGGGCCGCGCGCACAGACCUCGCAUUGCCAGCUGUCGCCGCCGCCGCUUGGGGUGCCUGCGCCGCGCUCUGGGACGUACUGCAGGUGGGCGCGUGCGUGGGCGGCGCGGGGUGGCGCGGACCGUGGGCGGCGACGCUGGGCGCGCGCCACGUAGGCCUGGCGGCGGCGUGCGCAGCGCGACAGUUCGUUUGCGUGCGCGCGCAGCUGGCAACACUCGCCGCCGCGCUUGCCGCUGCGCUGCUUGCGCAUGCCGCCCUUGAGCUGCGCCUGCGCCGUGGUGAAGCAGGUCGGCACAGGUCCUAGCGAAGGGCCACGGCGACGCAACUCGCCUCAUUAGCGCCCGCGUCUGAUGACGCAGCCGAGGACGGCGUCGUCGCCUGUCACGUCAUUAGCUAAUAAUUAUAUGAUGUGAUGACACGUCUCCAUAGAACAGUGAUGACUAUAAUCAAACGACAUGACGCAACUGACGUUUUAAAGCUUCAACAGUGCCACUGUGAUUCUCACACUAAAGUUUACACUUUUUAAUAUUAAGUCGGGAUAUAACACGAAUAAUUUUAUGGUAAAUAACUGCCUUUAAACGAUACGUUCUUUUACCCGCGAUCUGUAAUGCUAUUCUGUAUAUCUCCGCGACAUGUUUAUAAAAUAUAAUCGACAUAACAUAUUUUAUUUCUUUUUACCGUAAUUAUACUUUUAUAAAUUAUAAAGUACACAGGAGGGCACGCGAUUUAGCGCGGAAAAGCCAGGGCGCGCUACCGUAAACUAUUUUUCAUGUUCUAUUUCGCGCGUGUUUGCGUAUGUGAAUCAUGUCAUUUAACUUUCUUUUCUUUAUUCUAUUACAUAGAUUUUACUUUCCAAUACACAAUUAAGAUUUUAAAAUUAUCAAUAACUCUUUAAUUAUGUUUUGUUCUAUAGUCAGUGUCCGCCAUUUUGCAGUGAUAAUUAUUACAGACGCUAAAGUACGUACGAAAGAAUGCGCGAGCUGGCGACGCGCGCGGUUUUUUUUUGUUCUCUGUGUCUAAAUUUACAUGCUCAUUAUUUCCUGCGUGAAAGACUAUUAGCGCGUGAAAGAGCAUACGUGUAAAGGCAGUUAUUUAGGAAUUUAUUUAUCUCGACGUUUCGACUAAGUUGCACUAGCCGUAGUCACGAGCUGACUGGAGUACAGCGAUGUCAAUGUCGGUAGGUGUCUGUAAGUUUUUUCUGAUGUUCUAAUAAAUACUAAACCGACAUACUCACUUACGAAUUUAUAUUACUAUAAGCAUUAUUUAAAAAAAAAACUUGUAUCAAUUUCGAAAUUUUGUAAUUCA